GCGUUUGUCUUGGUUUGCGUUGGAUAAGCCGAGAGAGGCCAAAAAAAUUGCAGAAAACCUUGAAAGAAUAUCUCCGUUUAGUCUUGGCCUUUGCUGCUACUGGAAGAAGGGAAGAAUCAUUCAGCCGACUAUCUGCUCCAUCAUCAUCUUCAUCUAAUCCAGUUAUCGAUCAUUAAUGGCCUCUCUUACUCCUCACUGGCCAUGUUUUUGCACGUCCAUAUCGGUCAGAGGAAACUUUCCAAAUCCCAGAAACAGCGGAGUCAUUGUUCCUCUUAAGGCUUCGUCUAGUAGUACCGAAUCUCCAUCACCCACUUCAUCGAAUUCCCCUGAAGUUUCUCGAGAACCGGAGCCAACCAAGAUUGACCCUGUGAAGAUUGCCUUUGCCAAAGCUAAAGCAUACAAGAAAGGUGUACGGCUACAACAACCACCAAAUCCUAGUUCUCAAACUGGAGAUAUUAUCGAGGUGAAACCAAGUGAUAGCAAAAAUGAAACAAUCCAGAAUACAGAAUCCUAUGACAGCCCAGAUAACCAAUCAACUCAAGUGGACUUUGAGAAUGCAGCAGCUAGCAGAAGAGAGCAGGAAUUGCCAGCAUCUGUCAAACUUGCCAUGGAGAGAGCAAAGAAGUACAAGGCGAACAAAGAAAGCGUUCUUCCUGUUGCCUCAAGCAAUGAAGACGGGGAAGUUGUUGAAACAGAGGAAAUUAUCAUGAAGAAAAUUAUUGAGAAGGGAGAGUUGAAGGUUUCAAAGAUGGACUUUAUAGGACUUGGAUUCUCAGAUAAGAGGAAAACCAGAGGGCUUCCUGCUGGUUUGAUUCCAAUAGCAGAUCCUUUCCCAGACAGAGAUCCGGGUGAGGUAGAGAUAAUAGUUGGUGAUAGGACCAAGUUUGGAAAUGCAACAGUAUCAGAGCCAGAGUCAAUUGAGGAUGAUGAUAAAUCAGAUUUGUAUAAACCUAAGGUUUCUACUUGGGGAGUCUUUCCUCGUCCUGGAAACAUCUCAAAAACGUAUGGUGGUGGAAGAACGAUCCAGCCGGGAGAUUCACUUGAAACAGAUGAAGAUCGAGCUGCUAAACAAGCACGCACCAGAGAACUACUUUCACAGUACAAGAAACGAACUGGCAUUAAAAUUGAUCCCGAGUUAAAGGACGAAUGUGAGAAGGAUUUGAAGAAUGGCGAUGCAUUGAUGGAAAAUGGAAUGCUCGAAGAUGCACUACCAUUUUAUGAAAAAAUCAUGGAGAAGUUGGCCUUUCAGAAUGAGCUUCAUGGAUUGGCUGCUUUACAAUGGUCUAUUUGUCAAGACUCCCUUGGAAGGCAAAGUAAAGCUCGUGUUAUGUAUGAGAAGCUUCAAUCACACCCUACAUAUAGUGUGAGCAAGAGUGCAAAACAAUUCUUGUUUGGGUUUCAGGCCAUGGAUAUGAUGAAAGUUAGGAGCAUGGAUAUGUCAAAAGUUAACGCGGGCUACCAAAACUACUUUGAAGCGUUUAUUAAAGAUAAGGAAAUCGACUAUUCAUUGAAAGAUACUGAAACUGAUAAUGUUGAUCUAGGUCUAGAUCAAGUGCUGCCUUAUGUUGCUUUCAUUGUUUCUCCAAUUUUUCUAGUGUUUCUUGUUGCCUUGACAAAGGCCAGAUAGCUGAAACAUGUAUAUAUAUCACAUACUGGUUUCAAAUGUUAAUUUUGUUUCAUUCU